AUGAACGACACCUCCGUUGAAGUGCCCAUCAUGCUCAGUCCGGAACAUUCGUCCUACGAGGACAUCGCCAAGCUCAACCCGUUCUAUGAAGAGUAUAGGGCUUUCUGGAACACCUCGUCUGAUACGAGCACCAUCUCUUCUUAUUCCAGCUCUUCAUCUUCUUCCGCUUGUUCUUCUCAUUCGGCCCACUCGGACAUCGAUCCAUCGUUUCACCCUUUGGAAAUGUCAUCGUCUCCCUCGCUGCAUCAAAUACCGCCGUACGGUGCUUUGUACGUGCCGGACAGACUCCAUGUCCCAGUCCACGACGGCAAACAGUAUCAACCAUCUUACGAAGUGCACGACGAAUGCAAUGUUAGUCAGAUUGCUACUCUCGAGUAUGAAGACAGCUGCAAGCUGCCCAUCGAAGGGCCAAUGGAGUCUCUUGAAAUCGACUUGUUUGAUCUUGAUCUGGCCGAUGAAUCUGCCCAGCAAGCAAAGAAGCCUCACAAGAAGCUUUUUGGAGAGAAAGGCUGGCUGGGCUGCACUUCCGAUCUGCAGGAUCUGCCCAACGACAAGUCCAAGCAAAAGAUCUUCAAGGGGUUGGGAAAGAAGAUCAAGCAGCAUGUCGAAGAACUUGCUGGAGACAUGGCGGCCAAGGCCUAUCCCAAUCCAUUCCAUCAUGCAUCUCGCCGUCCGAAUAUCGUGCCAAAGUCGACUGUCCCCAUCUCGCUCGAUCCUCCAACACAAGCAAAGCUCUACUCCGACAUGGAAGUCAUGAUCUGCGUCAGUACCAACAAGUUUCUCGUUCAGCAGUACAGCGAAGGUCGAAUCUCCGAGGAAUCCAUCAAGAAAGUCACCAACUUCUGGGGAUCCAAGAACCGGCCACAGGUCAUCGAGUUCCAGUUCGACCAGGCGACACAGCGCCAGCUCAUCUUGUCCAAUGUCCGGACCUUGUGCUUCAACGGAGAGAGUUCGACCAAUCCCAUUCUUCUCAAUUCGAAUCUGCACAACUGGAAAGCAAUCGUCAAGGAGAUGAGCGUCCGCACCUUCUGUGCUCCCGACAGCGUCAUUCGAAAACACAUGCACGACAUCCACAAGCUGCUCGACAUGCUAGGGGCCCCCGCGGUGACUUUUCUUGCCUUUGAAGAGCUCCAAAUGCGAACACUAUCGUUGAUGAAGGAGCAACUGAAGCGGAGCUAUCUUCAACAGAGUGGUGACAGCAGCCUGUCCAGCUUCAAGUCCAUAGAUGACAGCAAGCUAUCUUGA